GGAGGAUUUGAUCUGCAAACCAUCUGCUUCAGUGCUAUUCUCUCCUCCAGGGCUGCAGGAGCUCUGGAACUUUUUCCCAAGAGGGAAGUAGACCAAGCUACCUCCAGAGGGAGUUCCAGAAGCAGCUUGGCAACUCCGACCAUGCAUUGGCUAUGGAAAAUUCCAAGACAUUGCACCCUCUGGGGUACUCAGAUGUCCAUUCGUACAUUCCAAACUAAUAGCAAGAAACUAAUACCCAUACAGUGGGGCAACCAGAAAGAAGUACCAGCCAAGUUCAACUUCGCUAGCGAUGUGAUAGACCACUGGGCCAACAUGGAGAAGGCUGGCAAGAGACCUCCUCGCCCAGCCCUGUGGUGGGUGAGUGGCAGCGGGGAAGAGCUGAAGUGGAACUUCCGAGAACUGAGUGAACUCAGCCAACAGGCAGCCAAUGUCCUCUCGGGGGCCUGUGGCCUACAGCGUGGGGACCGAGUGGCAGUGGUUCUUUCCCAAGUCCCAGAGUGGUGGCUGGUAACCCUGGGCUGCAUACGAACUGGCCUUGUCUUCAUGCCUGGAACCAUCCAGAUGAAAUCCACAGACAUACUCUACAGAUUGCAGUCAUCCAAUGCCAGGGCCAUUGUGGCUGGCGAUGAAGUGGCCCAGGAAGUGGACACCGUGGCCCCUGACUGCCCUUUUCUGAAAAUUAAGUUGCUGGUGUCUGAAAAAAGGCGAGAAGGAUGGCUGAACUUCAAGGGACUGCUGAAGGAUGCAUCCAGCACUCAUCACUGUGUGGAGACUGGAAGCCAUGAGCCAACUGCCAUCUACUUCACUAGUGGAACCAGUGGCCCUCCCAAGAUGGCAGAGCACUCCCAUUCCAGCCUGGGCAUCAAGGCCAAGAUGGACGCUGACUCCUGGACAGGCAUGGAUGUCUCUGACACAGUAUGGACCAUCUCAGACACGGGCUGGAUAGUGAACAUUAUAGCUUCAUUUCUGGAACCCUGGACACUGGGAGCAUGCACAUUUAUCUAUUUUUUGCCAAAGUUUGACCCACAGACUGUUCUAAAGGUGCUGUCCAGCUAUCCCAUCAGCUGCAUGGUGGGUGCCCCCCUCAUCUUCCGGAUGUUGCUACAACAGGAUCUUUCCAGUUACAAGUUCCCACAUCUGCAUAGUUGCUUCACUGGAGGUGAGAGCCUUCUCUCAGAGACUCUGGAGAACUGGAAAGCCAAGACGGGCCUGGACAUCCGAGAAUUCUACGGCCAGACAGAAACGGGAAUCACCUGCAGAGUUUCCAGGACAAUGAAGGUCAAACCAGGCUCCCUCGGAACAGCCAUUCCCCAUUAUGAUGUGCAGGUCAUAGAUGAACUUGGAAACGUUCUGCCCCCUGGCAAGGAAGGAGAUAUAGCCAUCAGGGUGAAGCCCAACCGGCCAGUAGGCAUCUUCUCUGGAUACGUGAACAAUCCCAAGAAGACAGAGGCCAAUAUUCGGGGAGACUUUUGGCUCCUGGGAGACAGGGGAAUCAAGGAUCCAGAAGGGUAUUUUUACUUCAUAGCGCGGACAGACGAUAUCAUUAAUUCCAGCGGGUACCGUAUUGGACCAUCAGAGGUAGAGAACGCAUUGAUGGAGCACCCUGCCGUGGCCGAGACAGCUGUGAUCAGCAGCCCGGACCCUUCCAGAGGAGAGGUGGUAAAGGCAUUUGUGGUCCUUGCCCCUGAGUUCCUGUCCCAUGACCCAGACCAGCUCACCAAGUUGCUGCAGCAGCAUGUGAAGUCGGUGACGGCACCCUACAAGUACCCCAGGAAGGUGGCGUUUGUCUCGAACCUGCCCAAGACCAUCACAGGGAAAAUCAAUCGAGCGAAGCUCCGAACUGAAGAAUGGAAAACAUCAAGACAAGGCCAGGCCCAGUGAGACUCCCAAGGCCCUCACUGUGGUUCUGUUUUCCCAGUCCUUCCUGGGACUUCUCAGUCUUCCUACGGAGAUAUAAGAGUACUCAUACAGAGGCGUGUAUGUGAUUUCUGUCUUUGUUUAGUUAUUACACAGAACAAUGACAUGUUGGAUGUUAAAAGAAAAAAGAGGGAAUGAGAGAUUUGCAGGAAAAAAAAUAAAGUGAGAAAAAUCUAAAACAGCAAGGAAAAGCAAUUAUAAAUAAUAGUGAGCAGGAAGGGAGGAAGGAAAAAGGGAAAAGUAGAGUGAAGAGGGAAAGAAAAGAGAAGAGAAGGAACUGGAAAUUAGGAGAAGAGGAGACUGUGGGCAGGACACCAAAGUCUUCCCAGUUUGCUUCAGUCCUUAGGGGCAUCAUGUCCAAACGAGAGGAAAAUGCCACUUAUACAACAUUUGUCAUGCCCAAAGAAAUGUUCUACACAAGUCACAGGCCAUCCUGCUUCAUACGUGUGGCAUCUGCAGGCUCAGCUUCUGCACCUCCCAACAUGCCACACCCUUUGGCUCACGUUUCUUAUUGUAUCUACUUUUCCUAGAAUCAAUAUUAAAAUCAUUUCAAAAUCAAAA